AUGAAUUCAGAUCCUAGUAUUUUGUUUGAGACAGAGUACGAGGAUGAUGUUUUUUAUGCAGAGAUUAAGAGACAGAUUCUGUUAUUGACAUCUGAAGACAAUGAAGAUUUUGUUGAAACUAGAAGUGUUGAUGUUACUAAUGAUGGUUCAAAUUACAGCUUUGGUAAGAGUUUAAUAACACCUACAAGAAAAUUAUAUUUGUGGGAAACGGAAUCGCCACCGAUUUGGCUAGUGAAUUUGUGGAGGAAUGGUAAAGGUACUGGAGUGUUCAUUCCUCAAGUAUCGUGCAGAGAAAACCAUAAGCCAGAGAGAAUGAACAAUAGGAGGAGGAGGAAAACCUAUAGACCAGUGGUGAAUAAGAAAUGA